AUGGCUCGGUGGUUCCUAUCUUUCGUUGCUGGAAGCGCCCUUGCGGCGGCUUCUGGCCUUCCUAUGAAGCUCGAGACACGGAGCGCAGUCACCUCCCGCGUGUCCAACAUUCACAUCACUCUUGAGCAGCCCAUCGAAGAGACCGUCACAUUCACCUAUGGUUCAUGUCGAGGUGCCUCCAUGGGCGAUGCCCACCACACCAUCGUCAAGUCAGAGGUGCGCGACUCUCAGCGCCUCGUCUGGGUUCUCCCUGAAGAUGCUGCCACCGAUGGUUGCAUCUCCGCGUGGAGUAUCUCCGGCGAGUUGAAGGGCAGAAGUGAGCCCCAGACUCUGCACCACAAGUGGAAGCGCCGGGCUCUGAAGAGAUCUAUUGAGAUGAACAACGGCACCGGCAUUGACACGCUCGGAGCCUGGUUUGAGGGCGUCAACCUCCUCAAGGACAAGGAGCCUACCACGGUGGAUGUCGACGCUGCCAAGUCCAAGCACGUCGCCAUCGUCGGCGCUGGUAUGGCUGGUCUGAUGAGCUACCUCGUUCUCUCACAAGCCGGCAUGACCAACAUCAGCAUCAUUGAGGCUGGCCAGCGUCUGGGAGGCCGUGUUCACACCGAGUACCUCAGUGGUGGUCCUUUCGACUACUCCUAUCAGGAGAUGGGUCCCAUGCGCUUCCCCGAGCACUAUGUUGAUCCCAAGACCAACACCACUUACAACAUCACUGACCACCAGCUCGUCUUUCAGCUUGCUGCAGAGAUGAACGAGCUCAACAAGCACGACAAGAACCUCAGCGUCGACUUCAUCCCCUGGAUCCAGAGCAACCAGAACGGUCUCUCUUAUAAGAACGGCAUCAAGCUUCCCAACGGUCUGCCCCCUACUUUGGCUCAGAUCGCCGCCAACUCUUCGCUGGCUGUCGCCACGGUCUACGAUGAGUCUACCAACACCCUCAAUGAGAAAAUCGACGAGUAUCUUCCUGGUAGCGACUUCUCUGUCCGUAUGGCUCAAAACAUGUUCAAGGCCCACCGCGAAUUCCUCGACUCUGGUCUUCAGGGCCUUGGUGGCGAUGUCUGGUCCGAGUAUGCCUUCAUGGUGAACUACCUGAAGGGCUCCCUUAACUCGACGGAUGCCCUGGGCAGCUACACCGCCACCUCAUUCUGGGACACUCUCUACGAGGGCAUGUACUUCCAGGCUGCUUCCUACAAGACCAUCGACGGCGGUCUCAGCCGUCUCCCGCUGGCUUUCCACCCUCUCGUUGACGACAUCACCACCAUGGACCGCAAGAUUGAGCGCGUGCAGUUCGACUCAGAGAACUCCAAGGUCAACCUUCAAUGGCGCGAGUCCUUCAAGAACCAGACUUUUGAGACCUCUGAGUACGACUAUGCCCUGCUGGCUGUCCCCUUUUCCAUCAUCCGCAAGUGGCGCCUCCCGUCCCUGCCUUUGACCAUCUCCAACGCCAUCAAGGAGCUCCCUUACACCAGCGCCUGCAAGGUCGCCCUCGAGUUCUCUGAGCGCUUCUGGGAGCACUACGAAAACCCCAUCGUCGGCGGUUGCAGCACCACCUCUGACAUUGCUGGUAUCGGUUCCACGUGCUACCCGUCGUACAACAUCAACGGCACCGGAAAGGCCACCAUGUUGGCCUCGUACAUCUCGGGCGACUGGGGCCACCGCUGGGCUUCCGUCUCGGAGGAGGAGCACGUCCAGUAUGUUCUUGACGCCAUGGUUGAGAUCCACGGCGAGAACACCCGUGAGCUGUACACGGGCAAGUAUAAUCGUCGCUGCUGGGUUCUCGACCCUCUCGAGAGUGGCAGCUGGGUCAGCCCCGUUGCUGGCCAACAUCAACUUUACAUCCCCGAGUACUUCAAGACGUACGAUAACAUGAUCUUCAUUGGCGAGCACACCUCCUACACCCACGCUUGGAUCGCCUCUGCUCUCGACUCUGGAAUCCGUGGUUCCGUUCAGUUGCUGCUCGAGCUUGGUCUGGUUGACGAGGCCAAGGCGGCUGUCAACAAGUGGAUGGCUCGAUGGAUCGAUAUCGUGAGUUCAAAUUCUAAACCGCAUGGUGAUAAGGUGGUCCUAACAAAGCUCUCUAGUGAUGAAGAACAAUGA